UCGUACCCUAUUUUGUCUGGUCUUCUCAUUUUCCCGCUCUUAUUUCAUUUCCCCCCUCCCUAAAAACCCUAACUCCGAAAUUAGCAGAAGGGUAAAAUCUCAGUCAUGGAUGAUAUUCCUCUUCCAGAAGAACUCGAAUGGCUCGAAUCCAACAGUCUACUCCCAGAAGAAGAAGAAGAAAUAUACGAAGAAUACGAGGAAGAAUUAGAAGUUGUGGUUCCUCAUCAAAAUCCAUCGUCUUCAUCUCGAGAAACUGGUAGUACAUCUUCAUCGCAGAACCAGAUCAGCAACAAUAACGAGAAUAAUAAGAAGAGGUCAUGGUCAAAUUUGAAGGAAAACCCUAAUAAUACUGAUAAUAAUGUUGAUUCUUUGGAUGCGAAGCGGAAUAAAGUUAUCCCUCCUCCUCCACCACCCAGUAGAGAAGAGGGAAAGGUUGGAGGAGAUGUUGAUAUGGAUGAGCAUGUGGAGGAGGAGGAGGAUUGGCUUCGUUAUUCACCACCUCCGCAGCCACCAUCACCAAUUAAAGCGGCAGUACAGGAGAAAUUUGUUUAUCGAUUUGCCUCAGAGAUUGAUGGGAAUUGCAUUCCAGUUACUGGACCUAGUGGGGAUCGAGUUUAUACUAAGAUUAUUUCGUACCAACAGAAUGAAAUGCUCAACAAUGAUCUCAAAAAAUUAACUACUAGUACCAAAGGUUUAAUUUCAGUCCCUGUCACUGUUCUUAUGGAAAGAUUGGAACAAGAUGCUCUAGCAAAGGCUUUGCAGGACUCAUCUGGAUCAUCCACUAAUUUGAUCGAUACCCCAAGUUCAGUGGUCACUGAACAGCUUUGGGUGAAUAAAUACGCUCCAAAUUCAUUUACAGAUCUUUUGAGCGAUGAACAUACAAAUCGUGAGGUCCUCUUAUGGUUGAAACAGUGGGAUUCUUGCGUAUUUGGAUCUGAAAUUAGGAGUACAACAGAUGAUGUUUUGACUGCUUUGAGACGGCAUUCAUCACUUGCUCACCACCAAAAGCUCUCUGGUACCAAUCCAAAUGGAAAGAACAGAACACCAUAUUCGACGAACAAAUCUUACAAACGUCCAGACAGUUCGUACGGAGAAGAACAAAACAUAAAAAGCAUCCAAGAGUCAUGGAACAAUAGGUUAACAGUUACCAGUCCGCCAGAUCAUAAGGUUUUGUUGCUCUGUGGUCCACCAGGGCUUGGAAAGACGACUCUUGCACAUGUAGCUGCUAAGCAUUGUGGUUACCGCGUUGUGGAGAUAAAUGCCAGUGAUGAUAGGUCAUCAUCAUCGAUUGAAGCGAAAAUUCUUGAUGUUGUGCAAAUGAAUUCCGUCAUGGCUGAUGCAAAGCCUAAGUGCCUGAUAAUUGACGAGAUUGAUGGAGCUCUUGGUGAAGGAAAGGGUGCUGUGGAGGUGAUUAUGAAAAUGAUUGCAGCUGAAAAAAAGUACGAAGCUGGAAAGGAAAAUGUUGCUCAAAAGGAGCAACAUGGGAAGGUUUCAUCAAAAAGAGGAAAAAAAUCUGCAACAUUAUCAAGGCCUGUUAUCUGCAUAUGUAACGAUCUUUUUGCGCCAGCACUGCGACCACUGCGACAAGUGGCAAAGGUGCAUAUGUUUGUUAAGCCAACAGUCAAUCGUGUGGUGAGCAGGCUAAAGUAUAUCUGCAAUAUGGAAGGAUUCAGGACAAGUUCCACCGCACUUACUGCACUUGCUGCGCAUACUGAAUGUGACAUACGAUCAUGCCUGAAUACGCUUCAAUUUCUUAACAAGAAGAGAGAAACCCUUAAUGCGGCAGAUAUCAGCUCUCAAGUUGGUCACAAGGACAUGUCAAAAAGCGUGUUUGAUGUUUGGAAAGAGGUCUUCCAUAAGAGAAAACCAAAAGGAGAACUGAAUCCCAUGGCCAGUGCUGUGUCUAGUGAUUUUGACUUUCUACACUCCCUCAUAACUAACUGUGGCGACUAUGACUUGACAAUGGAUGGUAUUCAUGAGAACAUUUUGCAGCUCCACUAUCAUGAUCCCAUGAUGCAAAAAACAGUCAAAUGCAUAAACACGCUUGGAGUUUCUGAUCAUUUGCAUCAGUAUAUCAUGCGAACUCAACAGAUGUCACUUCUUGCUUAUCAGCCUUCUUCCGCGAUAUCUAUUGGCCGUGUAAUAGCCCAGAUACAAAAGCCAAAUAUUGAAUGGCCAAAGUCUUCACAAAGAUAUCGUUUGCUCGUAGAAAAGAAAGACCUUUUAAAGUGCUGGUGCAGCAAAAUACCGCCAUCGAUUUCAAGGCAUCUGUCAACUGAAUCUUUUGUGGGAGAUGCUGUGUCUCUGUUAUUGUAUAUACUAUCCCCACCUACUUUACGACCUGUUGCAUUGCACUUGCUAUCUGAAAGAGAGAAGAACGAUAUGUCUCAGUUAGUCAAUACUAUGGUGUCAUUUUCCAUAUCGUAUAAGAAUAUGAAUCCACAAACACCAGCAAAUACGUCGAGAUAUGGAGCAGCUUUAGAUGCACCAACACUUUCAUUGGAUCCCCCAAUUGGAAACUUUAUUAACUUCAAGGACUAUGUAUCUGACCAUUUCGGACUCUCUUUAGCUGUGAAGCAGCUUUUGGUGCACGAGGUUGAAAAGCAAAAGAUUCUAUCUGGAAGUAUCAACUCUAGAUCUAAUCAUUCAAAUGAUGGGGAAAGUAACACCAUAGAAGGUGAUGGCAAUGCCUUCUCCACUAAAGUAAAAAACAAGACUUCAAAUGGGGUGCAGAGCGCAGAAGUUCCAAAAGGCCAGUUGAUUCCAGGGCAUCAAUGUGAUGAAGAGAAUAUUAACAUCGCUAGAAACAUGACACCAUCAACAUCAGGUUCCAAUACAAGCGUAGCAGCUGGGAACAUUGAAGUUAAGGCCUCUCAGAGUGUUGCGAAAAAGAAGCAUUGUGGUGCCUCUAACUUCUUUGACAGGUUCAGAAAAGGUGGUGGCAAAAAUUCUGCAAAUGCUGGGAAUGCCUUGCAGAAGUCAGCUACCAUAGAGAGGGAUUCCCGCCCUUUAAUAUUCAAGUUCAAUGAGGGAUUUACAAAUGCAGUAAAAAGGCCUGUAAGAAUUUCCGAAUUGCUUUGAGAUUACAAAACACAAGUAAAUUUCUGUUUCCUUUGUCACUAGCUGGCGGACAUGCACGGUGCAUAACUGGCGCCUGUGGAUGUACAAGUUUCAUUCUGUUUCGAUGUAAUUUUGUCCCGGUAAUCGAAGUAUUGUAUUGAUGGCUGUUAAAAGGGGACCAAAAUUUCAUAUAGUAAAAUGACUAAAAUAUCCUUAGAUUCCAUUAGAUUUAGUAAAAUUGCUGAAAUAUUUUGUGGGUGGCAA